GAGAGAGAGAGAGAGAGAGAGAGAGAGAAAGAAGAUCAUUGAGCUUAGUUACAGGACGACAAAUGGCAUUCAUUCAUGGGUUUGGUGUUUUGUGUCUGUCUCUUUUUGUCGUCGCCGUCGCAAGUGUUCAAGCCGCCGGUCCGAAGGUUUUCGAUGUCCGAAAGUACGGUGCUCGUGGCGACGGAAGAACCGAUAACACCAAUGCCUUCACAAAAGCAUGGAAAGACGCAUGCCGAUGGAAAGGGCGAUCUAGGGUUUAUGUCCCUGUCGGAACGUUCUAUUUGAAAGAAGGAACGUUCAUAGGGCCAUGCAAAAAUUAUAUUAACUUCGUCAUAAAGGGCACGUUGUUGGCUCCGAAGAACCCCGACCAGAUAAAACGUGACACGUGGAUCAUUUUCCGGUACGUCGAUCACCUCACCGUCUCCGGCGGCGGAACCCUCGACGGCCAAGGCGCUCACUCUUGGCCUCUCAAUGACUGCCACAAGAACCCCAACUGCCGUACUCUCUCCAUGAACAUAGGGUUCCAAUUCGUGAAGCAUUCUAUAGUGAAUCGGAUAAAAUCGGUGAACAGCAAGGCGGGACACUUCAAUGUCUUCUCCGUCGAAAAUUUCAACAUCACCAAAGUCACCAUUACCGCUCCUGGUGACAGCCCAAACACAGACGGUAUCAAGAUCGGUUACUCGAGCCGCGUACGUAUCGCUAACUCCAGGAUCGGCACGGGCGAUGACUGUAUCGCCAUCCUCAGUGGAACCACCGAUAUCGAUAUAUCAAAAGUGAAGUGCGGUCCGGGACACGGGAUUAGCGUCGGGAGCCUGGGGAAGAACAAGAAAGAGAAGGAUGUCAAGGGCUUGAGAGUUAGGAACACGGUUUUCAAUGGUACGAGCGAUGGAGUAAGGAUCAAGACCUGGGCAUCCUCGGCUUCUCAGAUCGUUGUCUCGGAUUUCUUGUACGAGAAUCUGCGGAUGAUCGAUGUCGGAUAUCCCAUCAACAUCGAUCAGGAGUACUGUCCUCAUCCCCCGUGUUCCGAAAACUCGCCGUCUCAUGUUCAGAUCCAACGAGUGAAGUUCAACAACAUAUGGGGAACAUCCUCAAGGAAAGAGGCAGUAAAAUUGGAAUGCAGCCGUAGAUUCCCGUGCAGGAAAAUCGAGCUUUACGACAUCAACCUCGUCCACAAAGGACCCAACGGCCCUGCCACCGCGAUCUGCAAUAACGUCAGAGCCUCCACGGGGGGAAAGAUGGUCCCUCCGGCUUGUGUUCGUUGAUUCAGACCGGAAACAAACAAUGUCGUGUCGUCUGUUAUAUUGUCUCCUCAUGCGCACCUGAUGGGUUCAAAGUCUUAUGUUCAUGUAUCGCAUGCUCGUAUCGGAGUUAGUCAUAUUCUGUAUUGGUUGGUUAGUAACUUUGAUCAGAUCCGAAAUUUUUCCAAAGGGAUCAUCUAAUGUAGCUCAAUGCCCUAAUCCUUUACUUGUUUUACAUAAAUACGAAAAUCGAAUUCAUCAAUACAUCGAGUUCAAGAGAGAGAUAUGUACAGAAAAGAAAGGCGGGAGUAGCCAUGGCACAUGAUAACCAUUACACAGAAUCUUGCAAGUAUCUAGUGUUCACAACCCAAACAUUCCGUUAAUUAU